AGCAGUUGGUCGGGACAGAGCGGCACAGGGUCCAGGAUGUAUGGAGAGCGGGCACUGACUGUGAGGGGUGUCCUGAGAGACCAAGUUUUAAGCAUCGUCCCAGAGACAUUACAGCAAGCGAAGCACAUCAAAGAAAUCUGCAAUGAGUUACAGCUGGAUCUAUGGGAGCCAAGCGAUGUAGAGGACGUCACCCCGGGCAGAGAGGUGCAUGUACAGGUGCCUUCAUCCCAUUUGCCAAAAUUGAAACAAAACUUUCUUCAAAAAGAUAUUCUAGUAAAGGUGAUGAUAAAUGAUGUACAGAAACUGAUAGAUGAAAACCCUGUCGAUGAUGGAAGAAGCCGACAGAAAUCGUUGUCUUCCUUUGAUUACACAAAGUACCACUCAAUGGAUGAGAUAUACAAAUGGAUGGAUCAAAUAAAAGACACACACAAAGAUCUCGUAACAUUACAAUAUCUUGGAGCGACCUAUGAGACAAGACCAAUAUACUAUUUAAAAAUUGGUCUGCCAUCCGAUAGAAAGAAGAAAAUCUUUUGGAUGGACUGUGGAAUUCAUGCUCGUGAAUGGAUUUCGGUGGCAUUUUGUCAAUGGUUCAUUAAAGAAAUUCUUGAAAAUUACAACAACAACCCUGUGAUCCACAAAGCGCUUACACACAUAGAUUUCUAUAUUCUGCCUGUCCUAAAUAUUGAUGGAUUUAUUUAUUCCUGGACCACGGAACGUCUCUGGAGAAAAUCGCGUUCACCGCAUAACAAUGGAACUUGCUACGGGGUUGAUCUCAAUAGAAAUUUUGAUGGACAUUGGUGCACAAUUGGUGCAUCCACUGUUUGUAGCAGCAAUACAUACUGUGGACCUGGCCCAGCCUCAGAACCGGAGGUCCAAGCUGUGUCUCAGCUGCUGAGUGGUCUAAAAUCUGAUAUCUUAUGUUUCCUGACAAUGCACUCAUACAGCCAACUCAUUCUCUUUCCGUACGGGUACACCACAAAUGCUUCUGCCAACCAUGAGGAAAUGAUGGCCGUGGGGCUGAAUUCCGCUACCGAAAUAACGAAGCUAUAUGGUACACAAUAUGACGUUGGAUCAUCAUCUACUAUACUGUAUAGCACUUCUGGCUCCUCACAGGAUUUUGCUGCCGAUCUGGGAAUUGAUCUAGCAUACACAUUUGAGCUUAGAGAUAAUGGUACAUAUGGAUUUAUACUUCCUGAAGAGCAGAUCAGACCUACGUGUGAGGAGACCACAGCUGGAAUUUUGUCCAUUGUCGACUACAUCAAUGAAAAACAUUUUCCCAAUGCAGCAAAUAUGUUGUCCAGCACUUUGUGCUUUUAUUUAAGCUUCUCAAUUAUCAUUGGCACAUAUUAUUGAUUAUUUUAAUAACAGUACUAAUAUUUCAUAUGUGGAUUAUACUGUUUGUCGUUAACGGCUAUAAAGAAACAUGUAAAAGACAAAUUUUUUAUGUACUCUCCCUAAGGGUUCAAAUCUGUCUUUAU